GUCUUUCAUCACAACAACUAAUACCUUCGCUGAAAUCUUCAAAGACAAGGACAUAAUACUCCACAAUGGGUUCAAGACCGGAACUGAAGGUCGACGACGAGGCUGGCUUCGUGAAGACCUUCCACCAACUAGAGACGAGCAAACCCACAGACACCAUUCGGAUAUUCGAUCGUGGGGAUUUUCUGUCAGCUCAUGGCGAUGAUGCAGAGUUCAUCGCCCGAGUUCAGUACAAGACCACAUCGGUGCUCAAGACAUUGGGCAGAAAUCCGGGUCUUCCUUCAGUCACCAUGACAGUAACAGUUUUCCGCACAUUCAUCCGAGAAGCCAUCUUCCGCUUAGGAAGACGAAUAGAAGUGCUGGAGACAUCUGGAAGGAACCAAUGGAAGGUGACGAAGCAGGCAUCGCCUGGUAAUCUGCAAGAUAUCGAAGACGACCUCGGUGGCCACGUCGAAUCUGCACCGAUCAUCUUGUCAGUCAAAGUUUCAGCGAAGGCCAAUGAGGGACGCAAUGUGGGCGUGUGUUUCGCUGAUGCCAGUGUCCGCGAGCUUGGUGUCAGCGAAUUCGUGGACAACGAUAUCUACUCAAAUUUUGAAUCCUUGAUCAUCCAACUCGGCGUGAAAGAGUGCCUAAUCCAGACUGACAUCACCAAGAAGGAUGCCGAAAUACAAAAGCUGCGAAUCAUCGCUGACAACUGCAAUUGUGCGGUGUCAGAGCGGCCAGCCGGUGACUUUGGAAAGCAAGACAUCGAGCAAGACCUCACGCGACUGCUCCGGGACGAGAAGGCUACCGGGACUCUGCCACAAACAGAUCUCAAGCUUGCAAUGGGAUCAGCGGCUGCACUGAUCAAGUAUCUCGGGAUCAUGUCAGAUCCGAGCAAUUUUGGGCAAUAUCAGUUGUACCAGCACGAUCUCAGCCAGUAUAUGAAGCUCGAUUCCUCAGCACUCAAAGCUCUGAACUUGAUGCCCGGACCGAAGGACGGCUCUAAGACAAUGAAUCUGUAUGGAUUGCUCAAUCACUGCAAGACGCCUGUUGGCAGCCGACUGCUCGCACAAUGGCUCAAACAGCCUCUGAUGAGCCUCGAGGAGAUCGAGAAGAGACAGCAGCUGGUGGAGGCAUUCGUGAACAACACUGAGCUACGACAGACGCUGCAAGAAGAGCAUCUCCGAUCAAUACCGGACCUGUACCGGUUAGCGAAGAAAUUCCAGCGCAAGAAAGCAAAUCUCGAAGACGUUGUUCGAGCUUACCAGGUGGCUAUCCGCUUGCCUGAUUUCAUCGGCACUUUCGAGGGCGUCAUGGAUGAGGCAUACAAAGAUGCUCUGGACGCAGUCUACACCAACAAGCUGCGAGAGUAUUCAGACAGCUUUGUGAAAUUGCAGGAGAUGGUCGAAACCACAGUGGACCUGGAAGCGCUCGACAACCACGAAUUCAUCAUCAAGCCUGAAUUUGAUGAUACUCUCCGUGUCAUCCGCAAAAAGCUGGACAAGCUUCGCUAUGACAUUGAUCGAGAGCACCAGCGUGUCGGCGAUGACUUGGGGAUGGAUACUGAGAAGAAGCUUCUCCUCGAGAACCAUAGAGUUCACGGCUGGUGUCUGCGAUUGACAAGAACAGAGGCCAGCGUCAUCCGAGGGAAGAAGCAGUAUCCUGAGAUUGCCACGCAAAAGAACGGAACCUAUUUCACGACACCAAAGCUCACGGAGAUGAGACGCGAGUUCGAUCAGCUGUCCGACAAUUACAACAGAACACAAAGCGGACUGGUUCACGAGGUGGUCAAUGUUGCAGCAUCAUAUUGUCCAGUCAUUGAACAACUCGCUGGUGUCCUCGCUCACCUCGACGUGAUCGUAAGCUUUGCUCAUGUUUCAGUUCACGCGCCGACCGCGUACGUGCGGCCCAAGAUGCAUCCUCGAGGCACCGGCAGCACAAUUCUGAAGGAGGCCCGGCAUCCUUGCAUGGAAAUGCAAGACGACAUUCAAUUCAUCACAAACGACGUCUCGCUCACACGCGAGAGCUCCGAAUUUUUGAUCAUCACUGGUCCCAACAUGGGCGGCAAGUCGACGUAUAUUCGGCAGAUCGGUGUCAUUGCCUUGAUGGCACAGAUCGGCUGCUUCGUUCCAUGCUCAGAAGCAGAGCUGACGCUCUUCGAUUGUAUUCUAGCACGAGUCGGAGCAAGCGACAGUCAGCUGAAAGGUGUCAGUACAUUCAUGGCCGAAAUGCUGGAAACUUCCAAUAUCCUCAAAACAGCCACCAAGGAAUCACUCGUCAUCAUUGACGAACUUGGUCGAGGCACGAGUACAUACGACGGUUUCGGCCUCGCGUGGGCUAUCAGCGAACACAUUAUCAAAGAAAUUGGUGCUUUCAGCAUGUUCGCUACCCACUUCCACGAGCUCACAGCACUGGUCGAUACCUAUCCGCAAGUCCAAAACCUCCACGUCGUUGCCCACAUUGGCGACGGCUCAGAGGAUGUGAGCAUGAACGGUGAUGCAGCUAACAGCCGACGCCGUGAAGUCACUCUGCUGUACAAAGUCGUUCCCGGCAUCUCCGAUCAGUCUUUCGGUAUACACGUCGCCGAGCUCGUCCGCUUUCCGCAAAAGGUCGUGAAUAUGGCGAAGCGGAAAGCUGACGAGUUGGAAGACUUUUCGGGCAAGAACGAGCAGCUCAAUGUACAGGCGAGCAAGGAGGAGGUGGAAGAGGGAAGUAAGCUGCUGAAAGAACUUUUGAAGCAGUGGAAAGAGCAAGUCGAAGCUGAGGGGCUAGGCAAGGAGCAGCAAGUGCAGAGAAUGAAAGAUCUUGUGCAAGGGAACGAACAGUUGCUGGCGAAUCCGUUCUUUCAGAGCGUGAAGGCACUGUGA